AUGGCCUUCAGCAGUAUGAUCUGGCGAGCUCCCAAGGUACUUCCCUCUCUCUUACCCGCAGGCGACGGCAAAUACCUUGGCGCGACUAUUACACUUCCCGCGGCACAGGGCCUUAUUCUUGUCGCAUUCCUCGCCCUGUUCGUGCAAGCUUCCGGCGGCUUCUUCUGGCGAGUGGUCUGCUUCGUUCUACACCAAAUCCGAUCAAGUUCGCGGGCGAAGGACGGACUCCAUCAUCAGCAACAAGCACUCCUAAGGAACGCCGCUAGUAGUUCAAACGCCGCCUGGGAGGCUACGAAGACUGUAUGGCUAUGGAGGAAGCAUGCUCGCCGCACAUUUUCCCGAUCGAUGCCUCUCAUUCUGAUCUGCCUAGUCCACUUAGCCAUCUUUGGCAUCGCUGGUUUAUUCUCGUCCCGCGUGGUUACUACGAGUAACCAAGCUCUCGUCCGCAGUGAUGUUUGCGGAUGGCCAAAAUCAGUUCCAAAUCCCAUCAACACUCCCGAAGAUUCGUUCAAUGAAUCUCAACUAGCCACGCUGAAUUCCCAAGCUGUGCUUGGCUGA